AUGGCAGUGCCGGAGGCGGUGCCGGGCCGGCAGCGGGCCCUGGCCGCCGGCUCGCCCGUGGAUUACAUGAGCAUCACCAGCUUCCCGCGGCUGCCCGAGGAGGAGCCGAGCGGCGCGGCCGAGAGCGGCCUCCGCGCCCGCAAGGAGGAGGACGCGUUCCUGGGCGAGCAGGACACGGACCCAGACUCCUUCCUGAAGUCUGCGCGUCUCCAGCGCCUGCCCUCGUCCUCCUCAGAGAUGGGGAGCCAGGAUGUGUCCCCUCUGCAGGAGACCAGCAAGGACCCCUUCUCAGGAGACUGCAGCUGCCGGCAGGACGGGCUGACCGUCAUCAUCACCGCCUGCCUGACCUUCGCCACAGGCGUCACCGUGGCCCUCAUCAUGCAGAUCUAUUUUGGGGACCCUCAGCUGUUCCACCGCGGCGCCGUGGUGACGGACGCGGCGCGCUGCACGGCGCUGGGCACACACGUGCUGGCCCGGCACGGCUCCUCGGUGGACGCCGCCAUCGCCUCGGCCCUGUGCGCCGGCAUCGUCAACCCCCACACCUCGGGCCUGGGAGGGGGCGGGGUGAUGCUGGUCCACGACAUCCGCAAGAACAGGAGCUGGGUGAUCGACUUCCGUGAGGUGGCUCCCCUGGGCAUCCCGCUGGAAGGGGACCCGCAGCAGGACAGCAAGCCAGGUCUGCUCGUAGGGGUGCCAGGCAUGAUCCUAGGAAUGCACCAGGCACACCAGUUACAUGGCAGGCUCCCCUGGUCCGAGCUGCUGGGCCUCACGGCCGAUGUUGCCCAGAAUGGCUUUAAUGUCACACAUGACCUGGCCAAAGCCCUGAGUGAGCUGAAGGACCUGAACUACUCUGAGCGAUUCCAGGAGCUCUUCCUGCCGGGUGGGCAGCCCCUGCUGCCUGGGAUGUUCGUCCGGCGCCUGGACCUGGCGGCCAUGCUGCAGCUGCUGGGGGCAGAAGGGGUGGCAGCCUUCUACAGCGGGAACUUGACCCAGGAGAUGAUCUCUGAGGUCCACAGCUACGGAGGAGUCUUGGUGGAGGAGGAUUUCAGCAAUUACAGUGUCACUGUGGAGGACCCUGUGCACACAACCUAUCGAGGACACCUUGUUUUCACCCCCCCUCCUCCACAUGCAGGUCCUGCACUGAUCUCAGCACUGAACAUCCUCGAGGGCUUUAACAUCACAAGGCAAGGGUCCAGAGGGAAUAUCUUGCACUGGAUGGUGGAGACACUAAAAAUAGCCCUGAGUCUGGCGAGCAACCUGGGAGACCCAUCUGGUGACGUGUCUGUCACUCACACAGCAGAAGGCAUGGUGAGUAAAUCAGAGGCCAAUUCCCUGCGCCAGCUGAUCAAUGACUCCCAGUCCUUCCUGUCCACGCCUCCCUCCCCCCUGGAGAGCGGGGCUGCUGCCAGCCAGGUCCUGGUCAUGGGCCCCGAUGACUUCAUCGUCGCCGUGGUGAGUUCUUUGAAUCGUCCCUUUGGCAGUGGAAUAGUAACACCCUCUGGAAUCCUCCUGAACAGCCAGAUGUUGGACUUCUCCUGGCAAAACAAAACAAUGAACCACUCCAUCCCCAGGCCGCCAAACCUGGUUCAGCCCGGGAAGCGGCCGCGCUCCUUCCUGCUGCCCACCAUUGUCAGGCCCUCGGAGGGGAUGUGUGGCACCUACCUGUGCCUGGCAGCCAACCACGGCGACAGAGCCCUGAGCGGCAUCGUGCAGGUUUUGGUAAAUGUUUUAACAUUUAACAAGAAUCUGAGUGAAAGUUUGUCACUUGGUCGACUUCACCCCCAGCUUCAGUCCAACACCUUGCAGGUUGACAGUGAGUUUCCUGAAGAAGAUAUUGAAUUCCUUGUGGCCAGGGGCCAUCAGGUGGAUAAAGUCCCAGUGGUGUCCCUGGUGCACGGGGCCAGGAGAACCAACAGUUUCAUCAUUGGCCUGAAGGACCCCAGGAGUGCAGAUGCUGCUGGAGCCACAAUCUUGUAGCAGCUCCCGGGGCCGUGGGCUGUGCCAAGGCUGACACACAACCCUGUGAUGUGCAUGUUCUGAAGUGGCCCCUUCCCCAGCCCCCAUACUGCUGGGAACAUGUUCUGCACUCCCCACCCUGACAGCACAGAGGAGCCAGCAGCAGCAACAUCCAGCUCUCUUUUUAUUUUUCAGUCCUUUGGAUUGCAAGCAGCCCAGGCCUUGUUACAGGGGUGGCAGGAGCACUUUUCUUUUGGCAGUCUUGCUAAUAGUUCAGUCUUUCCAAAGCUCAGUUCUAGCCAGCAUCUUACUUUUAGGGAUCAGGAACAUGAGCAAGGGAAAAAACAGCUGCUGCAGCUGAUGUUAUUAUUGAUGGUGAUUAUCCUCAUCUCCCUGUCUUUCCCAAGCUCCUUCUUUGCUUCCAGUGCAAGCCAGUCAUUAAUAGAACCUGAUGGAAUGUUUGUAGGUGCCUGCAGCUGGAAUAUUGGGGAGUGCUCUAAUACUCCAUCUGGGCCAGCUGAUUUUUGCCAACAUGCAGCAUCCCAGGGAGGUUCCUGUGCCCACAUCACUACCUACCUUGAAUUUUGGCAGUAAAUAUUUUGAAUCCAGUUGCUGCACAGACUCACUGGCAAUCUGAUUUUGUAAGCAGAGCAAUGGUUUUCACCACCUCUAACAACUUCUUCCUCUAACAACUUGUGCACCCCCCAGCAGUUUUCUUACAGAGGUUUAACCUCCUCACUGGUGAAUUUCAGAUUAAUGGUAGCAGGUUUAACUUUCUUAGACACUUUUUUGGAGAUCUUAGCAGUACUCCACAGUGAAAAACCACAGAUCCACGUGAAGACCACGUGGAGAGCAUUUAGGUGUGUUCAGAGCUUUUCUUCCACUGCAUUAUCUCAAUCUGUUCCAAAAGCCUGGGUCACUCCUACAGAGAAGCUUGGGAAUUUCUGCUGACUGAAUUAAUGGCUGUACCUUAGCUCUGUGUUUUAGUCCUAGUGAAUCUACUGGAAAAGCUGAAGAGAGUGAGAGAAAAAGUAGAAACCAAACCAAACACUACUGAGAUAAUUUUCUGUCCACAGCAUGUAGUGAAAAUAAAAGAAUGCUCUUGCAUUUUGUGUCUGAAAUUGAGAAGGGAGGAAUACCCCAGCUGACAUCUGCACCAGGUCAUUCAGCCCACAUUUGGACAUUUCCUGUUCCUUUUGCUGGCUAUUAGAGACACUUGGCACUGAAAAAUCCAGAGUUUGAUCAUUUUCUGCGGUCUGAAAUGUGAUGUUUUCCUUCAUGGUGCAAAUGCACCCAUGGCCACUGUACAUAUUAUAUAUGUGUGUCUGCUUAUGGUUGUGUUGCUCUUUGAUUUGGUGAUGACACCACUCACCCUGACCUCCCUCCCCAGGCACCCUGUGGCUCCCUGUUUGUGCCACCCUCCUGCACUCGAGGGCAUGGGCUGAUUUUGGGGUGGUUGGGGCCACAGGGCAGAUAUUGGACUAAUUAUUCCUGGGAGCUGUGGAUCCCAGAACAGCCCAGUGCAGCAUGUUGGGCUGAGUGAGAGCAGAGGUGUUUUCAUGCUCUGCUGAAGUGCAGCCACCCAUGAGGGGAGCAGAGCAGCUCCCACUGACGGCACCAUCAGCAGCAUUUCCUGAUCCAAGUGCAUCCAUGCCCUCAGCUGGGACAGGGGAAGCACAAUGUUGUAUCUGUGACGUGCUCUGUGCCACCAAGAAGAGACUUCACCACAGGGACACCAAAUCUAUUUAUUUAUUUCUCUGUCAUCAGCACUAGAGUUGGUCACUGGCCAAGGAUGGAGAGAUGGGUCUUGGAGCAGACCUCUUCAGGCUCCGUUGGAAGGGAAGGAGGCAGUUUUGUGGGUUGAACCUCUCUGGAGAUGGUCUGGGGUUUUCUGCUCUGUCCCAGCCCCGAUCUGUCCCUUGGGCAUGGAGGUUCUCUAUGAACAGCUGCAAAAUAUGUGAUCGAGUCAUUGUCAGUGCAGAACUUCACAUGAAAUGUCACAAAACACUUUGAAAGAUUAAAUUCCUCCUUAUUAACUGAAUUCACCAACUUCUGAUGCUGGAUACCGUGUAUAUGUUUGGGAGUAAAAGACUUUGUCUUGAUUCAAAAGGGCACUCCUAUGUCCCAAAUAACAAUUUCACAGCAAUUAUCCAGAAUCUUAAAAUAAAGCAUGUUCUGAAGUGUUCUGCUCAAUCAUGGCCUGCAUUGCAAAAAAAGAGAAAAUUGAAAAUAAUUGGAAGAUGAGACCUAUGCCCCUAGGUUUCAGCUAAGAGAAGUAAAGGUAUUCCAAAUAAUUUCCUUUUUUUUUUCUCUGUUUAAAAGCAACAUCAGUAUAGCACAGAUGUAUCCAACAUGGAGACCUUUAAUCUGCUAAUUGGCCCAGUGUCUCUAGUAUUUUGAGCCCAUCUGUUUGAUCUGAUGAAUUUAACAUCUAAUGAAUUUAAGAUCUGAUAAAUUUAACAUGAGGUACCAAGAAAUACCUGGUGUUUCCCUUGGUACAGGUGAGAUGGGCAUUGUGAAAUAAAGGGUUGUAUUGUAGAGA